CUUGUUUUUUUCCUCUCAUGCCAAGUGUCAGUACCUUACUGUGGCUUGAGCCCUAUGGACCCUUUCCCGGCUACACUAGACCCCCUUAGGUACUGCUCAGCGAAAGGUAGAACGACCGGUGCCAGAGACCAAUGCAGGGAUUUCUAGUAGCUUGGAAGAGGGGUUUUUUUUCCUUGUUGUUUUACUCGUAUUUCAAUCUCUGCUGUUUCUGGUAUGAUUUACGAUGACUUCUCUUCCCUAUUCUCCAUAUCUUUCUCGUUGGCUGUGUCUCGCUACUUCGGGCGAAGAUAACGAUCUAGAAUCGGCGUUAUGUCUAAGCAUCUUCUUUGCUUAUUUUCAAACUUUUUUUUUUUUUGCUCUCGUUUACUAUGUAUUUCCUGUCAUCGGGGAAACGGAAUUCCUUCUCACCGAUCGAAAUCGAUCAGACAUGAGCCCGGAUAUCCCGGCAUUAAAAUGAUACGCC